UUUUCCCCUCUGCAGCAGCCCGGGAAAGCGUUGAAGCUGGCCAGCACAAUGGGAAAAAAGCAGAACAAGAAAAAGGUGGAAGAGGUGCUGGAGGAGGAGGAGGAGGAAUACGUGGUGGAAAAAGUCCUGGAUCGGCGCGUGGUGAAGGGAAAAGUGGAAUAUCUGCUCAAGUGGAAGGGCUUCUCCGACGAGGACAACACCUGGGAGCCUGAGGAGAACCUGGACUGCCCGGAUCUGAUCGCGGAAUUCCUGCAAUCCCAAAAAACCGCCCACGAGAGCGAGAAAUCCGAGGGCAGCAAGCGCAAGGCAGAGUCAGACACGGAGGACAAGGGGGAGGAGAGCAAGCCAAAGAAAAAGAAGGAAGAGUCGGAGAAACCGCGCGGCUUCGCCCGAGGCUUCGAGCCGGAGCGAAUCAUCGGAGCCACGGACUCCAGCGGGGAGCUGAUGUUCCUCAUGAAGUGGAAGAACUCUGACGAGGCCGACCUGGUGCCCGCCAAGGAAGCCAACAUCAAGUGCCCGCAGGUGGUGAUCUCGUUCUACGAGGAGAGGUUGACAUGGCACUCCUACCCCUCAGAGGACGAUGACAAGAAAGAGGACAAGAACUAAAAAAAAAAAAAAAACCCUGCUGGCCCCUGCUCCGGGCAGCCUUCGGGGUUUUUUGGUGUUUUUUUGGUUUUGUUUUUUUUUUUUCGGGAAAACGAUCCAGAACUUUCGUGGGGUGUGAGCAAAGGAGGGGUUUGGAGGUGCCCUUGGAAGAGCCCCCUCCCCGCCCCCCCAGCCCGGUUUCUGUGCCCUGCAGCCGCUCUGCUCCUCUGCCGUGUCCAGAUUCCAACCAGAGAAUCCCCAUGGAAUUCCAGAU